GCAGCAUCUGGCCAGGGGCGGGUAGGCGCUAACCGUGCAGUAUGGCGGACGAUGGAGACAGUUCGAGCGGACCAGUUGACACAAGCGGCGGGCAGGGGGCCGCGGAAGACUCGGACGGGUUCGGCCUCGGCGGGAUGUUGCUGAAUAUCAGUAUUCUGGUUCUGGUGGCGGCGGUCUGUCUCGCGGUGUACCGGCGGUGGGGCAGGCGGCUCGUCUCUGCCGCGGCCCAGGGCGACGAGGCCUCGGCUCUUCCCAAGAUGAGGAGACGGGACUUCUCUCUGGAGCAGCUGCGGGAGUACGACGGGCUCCAGAACCCGCGAAUCCUGAUGGCGGUCAACAUGAAGAUCUUCGACGUGACGAGCGGCAGAAAGUUUUACGGGAAAGAUGGUCCUUACGGCAUUUUCGCGGGUCGGGAUGCUUCGAGAGGCCUGGCCACCUUCUGCCUGGAGAAAGACGCCCUGAGGGACGAGUACGACGACUUGUCAGACCUCAACGCUGUACAGAUGGAGAGCGUGAGGGAGUGGGAGAUGCAGUUCAUGGAAAAAUACGAUUACGUCGGGAGGUUGCUGAAGCCCGGAGACGAGCCGUCGGAGUACACGGACGAGGAGGACAUCAAAGACCACCUGAAACACGACUGAGCGGUUCCAUCACACCGACCAAAGCCAGGAGCCCCAAACAGCUGCGACAGACCGCCCCCAGCCCCCCCUCCCAGACCACCUCCUCCUCCUCCUGCCCCCCAUCAGCCUACCUGCCACUUCUUUCUCCUUGCCCCACCCACCUCCUCCCCCUUUGCUCCCCAAAACCCUUCACCUCCUGAAUCGGUUCCGGUGCCGCAGCUGUUCUGGAAGGGCAGGACUCAAGUCUCAACGCCCAGACCUCCCUCCCUCCCUCCCUCCCUCCCUCUUCAUCCUGCGAAGAUCACCACCAACAAGAGCGAUGGGAAAACCUUCGACGAGGGGGCUUCUAUGACGACGGAGAACAAUGUCUGGGGAAGGCGAGGGGGGAGAGAGGAGGUUGUGCCAUUUAGGUGUAUUUGAAACAAAAUAAAAAAAAAACCCCAUAAAAUAUUUUAGUCAUUUCUCCAGAGGGGGGAAAACACACGUGGUGAUCGUGGUCGCCGCCGAGCGCUGGGUGGAGGUUGGUCAGAGGUAGUCGGAGGAAACGCGUUGGUCGAGGAUGAUCAGUGGAUCGGGAUGGGGAAACAGAUUUAUCACUUUUCUUUUUUUAUCUCUGGUUCAGUCACAUCGCAACUGAAACUGCUUCAGCUUCGGGACAGCUCAUCAAUCAAUCGUUGUUCUUUUGUUCAAAUCAUUUCCCCCCCACCCCACACACACACACACCUUGUCGAGAGGGCAGCGCUGUGGCCUAACCAGCCCCCCCCUGUGGAAAUUGGCGGGGCGUCGCAUUUUCCUGUUGUGUUUUGUAGUGUAUGCACUACUAGUUUUCUUUGUUUGUCACCAUGUGAUUGUAUUUGUUGAGUAGCAUAGAGGGAGGGAGGGAAGGUUAUUGUUUUUUAUUUUUUAUUUGUUUUCUUCGACUGGGGUUUUUUUUUUGGGGGUUAAAGGUCCCUGCCAUAUGAAUCUUGUUUUGAAUCACAUCAGACGGACUGAAUCACUGAUCGGGAAUACAAAGGGAAGGUGAGAAGGCAGUCCUAAUCAAUCGACUCAAUUGUUUACAUGCCUCACAAGCCAGCUGCAAGUCUGUAGUUUCCCCUGAAAAAUGGUCCAAGUAUUAAUUGUGCCUUAUUUUGUUCGUUGUGUCAGUCCUGACCGUUCUAACAGAGGAGGCGAGUGGAGGGAUGGAGGUGUCGGUUGUUUUUUUUUUUUUUUUUUUUUUUGUUCCUAGACUCGGUCCCCCAGACUUUAAAGAAGGCAUACGUUCUGUCAGUCGUCCACGCACAGACUGUAAUAUUUCCCCACUUCACAAACUCUGUAAAUAGACCGUAUGAAUUACUCAGUGUUACUGCCAUAUUUAUGUAGUUGAUGAACUCCAUAUAUGUAUAAUGCUAUGUCGUACUGGCCAAAACACACCCCCACCCCCCACCAUGGUUUGUGUUUAUUUUCUGUUCUUUCAGUUCUGAACUUCUUUUUAAACGUUGGUAAACUUCCCAACAAAAAAAAAAAACCUACAAAAAAAAGGAGUGUUGCGAAAGUGCUGCAGGGCGGGACCGGGAGCUGUUCUUGCGAUUUAUUAUUAUUUUUAUUUUUUUUUCUGAGACGUUGCUUAUCCUGUAAAUAUAUCUAUCAUUUUAUUAAAAGCAUGUGCAACAACAAAAGUGAGCUAUGCCGAAUUUCCCACCACGUCAUGUAUUUAAAUGUUGGGUGUGUGUGUGUGCGUGUCUGCGUGACAGAGGCAGGAAGGGAUUUGUUCAUGCAUAAUAAAUCGAUUUGGUUAAUAAUUGAA